AUGAGAUAAAUGGCCAAUAGGAAAAGUUGAGAACAAAUCCAAACCAACCAAUCCCAAUAUCCACAUACCACCUCUCCAUUGGACCACAGUUUCUCUCUCCCCACAACCAAACCAAAACUAAGAAACCCCUGCUGCUCUCUGCAAGAACUCCAUCAAAUUCCCCAGCCAAAAACACUCAGAUAAUUUUUUUUAUUAGAAAAAAAGAAAGGAGAUUAGCCAGCCAGUCUGCUGCUCCAUCUCAGUGCUCACGCACUCACUCUGAGGAGUGAAAUCCAAUCCAGCCCACUCCGGAGUUCCUGGAAAAUCCUCGCGAAGUCCAAGAAAAAAAAUAUUACCACUGCCAUUUCUUGGUUUCUUGAUAGCUUCUCCUAGCUGCUGCCGCCCAAUCAUCCGAGAGAGCGAGCAAGUAAGAAAGAUUGAUUGAUUGCUUGAUUGGGAGUGUCCUUUGGGCGAGCUGUGGUGGGAUUUAGCGGCAUGUCAGCGUCGCCGUCGUCGAUGAGCGGCGCCGGCGCCGGCGAGGCGGGGGUGCGGACGGUGGUGUGGUUCAGGCGGGACCUGCGCGUGGAGGACAACCCGGCGCUGGCGGCGGCGGCGCGGGCGGCCGGGGAGGUGGUGCCGGUGUACGUGUGGGCGCCGGAGGAGGACGGGCCGUACUACCCGGGGCGGGUGUCCCGGUGGUGGCUCAGCCAGAGCCUCAAGCACCUGGACGCCUCGCUCCGGCGGCUCGGCGCCAGCAGGCUCGUCACCCGCCGCUCCGCCGACGCCGUCGUCGCGCUCAUCGAGCUCGUCCGCAGCAUCGGCGCCACGCAUCUCUUCUUCAACCACCUCUACGACCCGCUGUCGCUGGUGAGGGACCACCGGGUGAAGGCGCUGCUGACGGCCGAGGGCAUCGCCGUGCAGUCGUUCAACGCCGACCUGCUGUACGAGCCAUGGGAGGUGGUCGACGACGACGGCUGCCCGUUCACCAUGUUCGCGCCGUUCUGGGACAGGUGCCUGUGCAUGCCCGACCCGGCGGCGCCGCUGCUGCCGCCCAAGAGGAUCGCGCCCGGCGAGCUGCCGGCGAGGAGGUGCCCCUCCGACGAGCUGGUGUUCGAGGACGAGUCCGAGCGGGGGAGCAACGCGCUGCUGGCGAGGGCGUGGUCGCCCGGGUGGCAGAACGCCGACAAGGCGCUGGCCGCGUUCCUCAACGGGCCACUCAUGGACUACUCGGUGAACCGGAAGAAGGCCGACAGCGCCAGCACGUCACUGCUGUCGCCGUACCUGCACUUCGGCGAGCUCAGCGUACGCAAGGUGUUCCACCAGGUGAGGAUGAAGCAGCUCAUGUGGAGCAACGAGGGGAACCACGCCGGCGACGAGAGCUGCGUCCUCUUCCUCCGGUCCAUCGGCCUCAGGGAGUACUCGAGGUACCUCACGUUCAACCACCCGUGCAGCCUGGAGAAGCCACUCCUGGCGCACCUCAGGUUCUUCCCCUGGGUGGUCGACGAGGUGUACUUCAAGGUGUGGAGGCAGGGGAGGACAGGGUACCCUCUCGUCGACGCCGGGAUGCGCGAGCUCUGGGCCACCGGCUGGCUGCACGACCGGAUACGCGUCGUCGUCUCCAGCUUCUUCGUCAAGGUGCUCCAGCUUCCAUGGCGCUGGGGGAUGAAGUACUUCUGGGACACCCUGCUCGACGCCGACCUCGAGAGCGACGCGCUCGGCUGGCAGUACAUCUCCGGCUCUCUCCCCGAUGGCCGUGAGCUCGACCGCAUCGACAACCCUCAGCUUGAAGGAUACAAGUUUGAUCCGCACGGGGAGUAUGUCCGGCGAUGGCUGCCGGAGCUGGCAAGGCUGCCGACGGAGUGGAUACACCACCCAUGGGACGCACCGGAGUCGGUGCUCCAGGCUGCAGGGAUUGAGCUAGGCUCCAACUAUCCUCUCCCCAUCGUGGAGCUGGACGCGGCGAAGACCAGGCUGCAGGAUGCACUGUCAGAGAUGUGGGAGCUCGAGGCCGCGUCACGCGCAGCGAUGGAGAACGGAAUGGAGGAGGGCCUCGGCGACUCCUCCGACGUGCCGCCGAUCGCCUUCCCACCGGAGCUGCAGAUGGAAGUUGACCGAGCACCGGCCCAGCCUACUGUUCACGGACCGACAACGGCUGGCCGGCGACGAGAGGAUCAGAUGGUUCCCAGCAUGACCUCCUCGCUGGUCAGAGCUGAAACAGAACUUUCAGCGGAUUUUGACAACAGCAUGGACAGUAGGCCGGAGGUGCCGUCGCAGGUGCUCUUCCAGCCUCGGAUGGAAAGGGAAGAAACAGUGGACGGCGGCGGUGGCGGCGGAAUGGUCGGCAGGAGCAACGGCGGCGGCCACCAAGGCCAACACCAGCAGCAACAGCACAACUUUCAGACUACAAUUCACCGGGCACGGGGCGUUGCGCCGUCUACGUCAGAGGCAUCAAGCAACUGGACUGGGAGAGAAGGCGGCGUGGUGCCCGUCUGGUCGCCUCCGGCAGCGUCAGGCCCCUCAGAUCACUACGCUGCCGAUGAAGCUGACAUUACCAGUAGAAGUUAUUUGGACAGGCAUCCACAGUCGCAUACGUUGAUGAACUGGAGUCAGCUCUCGCAGUCAUUGUGAGUUCACACGCACGGACAACAGGCUGGGAAGUGGAAAAUUAAUGCUGAUUGUCAGAAUUAAUCAUUAGGAAGGUCGACAUUGAGAAGAAUUCAUAUGUAAAUUAUCACCUUUUGUUUGUCUAUAGCCUUGGUGUGCAUGAAUCAAGUGAUGAAGCUUCCUUGAUGCAAUAAUGAUUAUGUAAAGCUAGUUUUACAGAACAUUUGUGGUAUAGGUUUGCUAGUUGUCAAAAGGAUAUGUACUAUUUGUUAGAUAAGAGGUUAUUCUAGCAUUAUGUCUUAGACUUGUACAUUCUCCCUUUGGUUAUUGUAAUCUUGGUGGAAUAGUCAUCACAGAGAUCUCAGUUAGACUCA